UGCCAAAGUAACAAUAUAAAACCAAAAGCGAGCAAGUCAUCGGCGUUUUCAUGGAAUGUCUUGUAUAGUUGAAUAGAAAAAUAAAAUAAUUUCUAAAUAUGUCCACCAAUAAGGAGGAGACUUUGAGACAGUUUUGUGAUGUUACUGGCGCGGAUGAGGGUCGCAGCAAGUUUUUUCUGGAGUCAUCUAACUGGCAGUUAGACGUAGCACUAUCCAGUUUCUAUGAGCACGGAGGUAACGCAGAUGAGGCUCCAUCCAACCCAGCGGCUGCCGCAUCGUCCCUGCCGACUCUGUCAGACAGUGACAUGGAGUCACCUCCCGGGUCACCACUAGCUGCCCAGAAGAAAGACAAGAAGAAAGCUCCGAGCUCAAAGUUUGCUACGCUUGACUCCUUGCAACAGGAGAGCUCUAGUGAUGAAGAAGAAGGUCAAGCCUUCUAUGCCGGUGGAUCGGAGCGCUCUGGACAGCAGAUCCUGGGCCCAUCCAAGGGCGGGAGAAAGGAUAUAGUCACUGAGGUCUUCAAAAGCGUUCGAGAGCGCGGUGCCGUCGUGUUUGAAGAUGAGCCGUCGUCUACUAGCCGAGGACGUUCUGCGUUCAGCGGUGUUGGAUAUAGACUUGGUCAAACGGCUGAUGAUCAUGAGCCUGCAUCAGCUGGCGGCAACCAGCAGCAACAAACUGAUCAGCCACGUUCAGUGAGACUGCGACUGUACCGCGAGGGCUUCACAGUGGACUCCGGCCCACUGCGACACUACACCGACCCUGACCACGCUGACUUUCUCAACUGUAUACGUCGGGGUGAGAUUCCCCCCGAGCUAUCCGGCACAGGCGGCGAAGUCCGCGUGUCUCUAGAGGACCGGCGACAUGAGGAGUGUCCCCGACACAUCGCUAAACCGCAACCAUUCUCCGGGAAAGGACAUCUACUGGGCAGCCCAACUCCUCCUACAGUAGGAGCUACGGCGCCAGUGGCAGGUGACGUGGCUGACCGCGCCGCCAACCAGCGCGCCGCGCAGGAAGCUAUCAAGAUUGAUGAUUCUGCACCUGUUACUACUAUACAGUUCCGCCUUGCGGACGGCAGUCGUCUGACGGGUCGGUUCAACCACACGCAUACAGUGGGCGACCUACACGCGUACGUGUCUCGCGCGGAGCCCUCGUACCAGUUGCAGGCCUUCGCCCUCCUCACCACGUUCCCCAGCAGAGAGCUCGCUGACCACGCUGCCACGCUCGCACAGGCCAACAUUCUCAACACCACGCUUCUCCAGCGGCUCAAAUAAAUCCAAAACUUAACGGGAUAAGGUCCAUUCUCGGUUGGCGGUGCCCGUUCUUCGAUAUCCUAGUGAGAAGUUUGCGCAGGUUUGCGCAAUGACAAUAGAAAGUUGUUCUGUAUAACUAAUGGCAGCUUUCUAUAUCUGUGUUACAUUUUGUAAGACUUCCGAAGUAGUUGUGCCGGUCGCGUCGUGGCUAUAGUACGCAGUUUGCGCAAACUUUCAUUAUUUACUUCAUAUAUAAGAACGUUAGCGCAUUUUUUACACACGAAUAGGAUUACUCUAAAACGCAUUUAUAGAUCGGCUUCUAGGAUUUUUUAAAGUAUUUAAAAUAUUUGUAUGUUUCGUUCGUGUGGGUGUGCGUGUAGUUUUUAUACGUAUGUGUGAACGGGCGCAAUAACGGGCUAUUUGUAACGCGAUCUCGCGAGUGAAACAGUGUAUUGGUCAAUAAAUAAACGUUUUUAAGUUCCU